GCCAAAGCAGCCCCUUUUCCCAAGAAAAGUAGGCUGUUGACUGUAGGAGGGGUGGAAAAGUUCGGCGCCGACCGGCAAAAGGCGGCGCGUCUGGAGAGGUGGGGCCAGGAGGUGACCUGCGCCGCCUCGAAACGCCCCCACCCCCCGCGGUCGAAGUGGUUCCGCCCGAGAACUUUUCAUUCAUAAAAAGAAAAGACUCUGCGAGGCGCGAGUGAGUCAGAACCCCUGCCGCCGACGCGGACCCCACAGAGCAGCCAGCCCAGGGCAUGUACCGAGACUUCGGGGAACCGGGACCGAGCUCCGGGGCCGGCAGCGCGUACGGCGGCCCCGCGCAGCCCCCCGCCGCGGCGCAGGCGGCAGCCCAGCAGAAGUUCCACCUUGUGCCAAGCAUCAACACUGUGAGUGGCAGCCAGGAAUUGCAGUGGAUGGUACAGCCACAUUUCUUAGGACCCAGCAGCUACCCCAGACCUCUGACCUACCCUCAAUACAGCCCCCCACAGCCCCGACCAGGAGUCAUCCGGACCCUUGGGCCACCUGCAGGGGUGCGUCGAAGGCCCUGUGAACAGAUCAGCCCCGAGGAGGAGGAGCGCCGACGAGUGAGGCGCGAGCGGAACAAGCUGGCCGCAGCCAAGUGCAGGAAUCGCAGGAAGGAACUGACCGACUUCCUGCAGGCGGAGACUGACAAACUGGAGGAUGAGAAAUCCGGGCUGCAGCGAGAGAUUGAAGAGCUACAGAAGCAGAAGGAGCGUCUGGAGCUGGUGCUGGAAGCCCACCGUCCCAUCUGCAAAAUCCCAGAGGGAGACAAGGAGAGGGAUACAGGCGGUACCAGCAGUACAGGGGGCACCAGCGGCUCACCAGUCCCCUGCCGCCCUGUACCUUGCAUCUCCCUUUCCCCAGGGCCUGUGCUUGAACCUGAGGCCUUGCACACCCCCACACUCAUGACUACACCCUCUCUGACCCCUUUUACCCCCAGUCUGGUCUUCACCUAUCCCAGCACCCCUGAGCCCUGUGCUUCGGCUCAUCGAAAGAGUAGCAGUAGCAGUGGGGACCCAUCUUCUGACCCCCUGGGCUCCCCAACUCUCCUCGCUUUGUGAAGCACCCAGUGCCACCCCCUGUAGGUGCUAUCCUGGUCAACAUCUCCUUGUUUCCCCAUCAGUCCAGCUGGCCUGGACCAUAUCCCAUGCCCAAUACCAGCAGGUUCUUCUCCACCCAGAUAAGACUGAGCAUAUUUUGCUUUGCAGUAGAGCCAGCUUGGAGCCACCAAAGCUGCCCACUGUUUCUCUAGAGCUGGCCUCUCCAUCACAAAUUGCACUAAAUUAGAGACAAAAUAUUUCCCAUUUAUGACAGAGAAAUUCUGGUAGCUCAUAGACUUUGUAGAACUCUAAAGGUUCUUUGGAGCCCUAACCCCUUCCAGGCCUCUCCUUCUAUACUGCAUUACCCUGUGAUCCAUUCAACCGUACCCUGACAGAAGAUGCUGUUUUACCAGCCUAGAACACUAAUUCACCCAGUCCCACUGCCAGCAGUUCCAGGUGAUUGGACCAGAGCACUCUGCCAGCCCCUCCUGAAUGGCACAGCUCAGGAGAUGUCAGAGGCUUCUGUGAUGAACUGAAUUGCAGCCCCAGCUCUGAGAAGCCCUUAGCUCCAGGGAAUCCAAGCCUCCCAGAGAGGGCAGCUAUUUAUUUUCCUAAAGAGAGUAUUUUUAUACAAACCUGCCAAGAUGGAAUAAAAGGCCCGAAGCUUUGGUUUGGGUGUCUGGUUGGAUCCAGACGCUUUUAAAGAGACAAUUUGGACUCAUAUGAGUUAUAGGUUCUGGUCUCAGCUCAUGACUCACCGCAGUGACUUUGGUCAUAUUCUUUGAUACUCUUGACCCUCAAUUGUCUGACAAAUACAAUGCAUAUGUAGGGAGCUACUUAUGCUCUGCCUCAUCUCUGGGACCAAGAGGUGAGAAUGAUGUGGGGUGAAAGCGAAGAUGAUCAGUUCUCCCCCGGAGGCCCACAGUGCUCCUGCGUGUGCCACAGGGGGCGCUAUUAUGCCCCCUUCCACUCUCCGAGGAGGUGGACAGUGGAUUUGAGGUCCCGAACACCUGCUUCCUGCCCCAUUGUCUUGGACAGGAAGGAGCCGGGAAGGGAGCUGGAGCCACUUCAGCGGUCUGAUUAAGGCCUGUCCGGGCACUCAACGGGGGGAGACAGUACCUUACGACCUUUCUGCAUCCCACCCCAGUCGAUCCCCAGUAAUGGGGGAAGUUCUGAAGCGGUCCCUCCGGUAGGAAUGAGACCCCGUCUUAGCGUUCCCUCCCUCACCCCAACCCCGGCGAGUCCCAGUCAGACGCUGUCCAGGCUUCAGGCUCCGCUUCCGUCCGAGUUUAUUAGUUCCCACCCAACCCCCAGCAAGUCCCUCCGCUCCAGCCAGUCCCCCUGCAGCCCCGCCAGCGAGAGCGAGGGGCCUUCCUCAAUGCCAGGGAUUCUUAGUCCAUGCCAGCGGCCCCUGGUACGCUGCCGAAGCGACGUCGAGGUCCGGAGAUCCACAGCAGUCCUGGCGCUCAGGGGGCAAUCCCGGCGGGCGUCGGCGUAGAAACAGCGCCCUCAGUCAUCGGGGGAGCAGGCCAGUGGCAACUGAUCCGGACUGCCCACGCUGCCAGUGCUGGAACUCCCGUCGCCCAGGUCGCGGGGCCCGCAAGGGGGCAGGGCUAGCUCUGGUGUCGGCCCGGCGCCUGAGCCCCCCGCGCCGCCCGGGCCGCCGCGGGGGCCCCACUCCUCGCCCAGCGCCAGGCAGAGCUCCUUAAGCGCCAGGUUCUCCCGCAGCAGCUCCUCCUGUCGGCUUUCCAGCUCGGCUAGCUUCUGCCAACAGCCGCCCAGGUCCUCCCGUACCGCCCGGGAUGCUUGGGUCCCGAAGAGCUGCCACUGGCGUGCGGCGCGGCGCCCGCGCUGGCGCUCCGAGUCCAGGAAGCAGCAGAGAUCGCGCAGCUCCCGGUUCUCGGCCUGCAGGCGCCGGUUGAGCUGCUUGAGCUCGCGAAUCUCGCCCAGGUGACCCUGCAGCUGCCGAUUCACCUCCUGCAUGAGGCGACCGCGCUGCACCAGUGCCGCCAGGCGCGCCGCCUCCUCUCGCCGCAGUCGCCGCACCAGCUCCUCCUUGCCCAGUGCCGCCAUCUCCUCGUCCGUCAGCUCCUCCAGGCCGCCUGCUUCGGCCUCCAUGGCUGGUCAGGACGCUGGAGCAUCGCCCGCCCGCCGCCGCGGCCCAGGAGCCCGACGUUGGGACUGGCGCCGCUCUGCCUCAGGCUGGGGCUCGGGCUCCGCGGGCGGCCGGCAGUGGUAGAGGUAGCGUAGGCUGCAGCAGCCACCCGGGGGUGGGCACGCGGCGGGGCGCGCGUCGGGGCGGGGCCGCGUGACGGUACCAAAGGACAACCAAUCCGGGAAGCCUCCCCGGAAACGGGCGGGGCCUGGGCGCCGAGCGCCUCUUCCCCGCCCACUCCGACCGGAGGGAUCACGACCCUGGCGCCAGUCUUAACUCAAUUUGGAGCGGCUCGGUGUUUCCAAGUUCCAGAUUUCCUCAAGCCGGACCCUAAGCCUCUCAGCUUCAUCUGAGAACCAAGGUUCGGGCGACCGCUCCUGACUCCUGCCCAACCCGCGACGGAAACCUGAGAGAGAGUUUUCCAGUCUCUCCUACGUUCUAUGGAAUUCUAGUCUUGGCUCACUAUAAGCAUCACUCCCAGCUCCUCCGGAUCCUGAGUUCAAAUGUCCUGGCUUCAUUAUCAGUCUACCAUUCCUCCCAGGGAAUUGGCCAUCCAAGGGAUUCGUUUAUUCAAUAAACCUUUAUUGUGUGUAAAGCCCACGCGUAAAUAAACGUGACCAA